GUGAAGCAUAGAAAGUUCAUCCAUUUCAAGUGCUUAUUCUAGUGUGGUACGUGUAGCAGUACUAUAGUAUGCGUAACACUGACGGACUAAGAAAAGGUGCAUGGACUGAAGAAGAAGACAUCCUUUUAAGAAAGUGCAUGGAGAAGUAUGGUGAAGGAAAGUGGCAUCAAGUUCCAGUUCGGGCAGGGUUAAAUAGGUGCCGCAAAAGUUGUAGACUACGGUGGCUCAACUAUCUCAGGCCAGAUAUAAAGCGAGGAGACUUCGCUUCUGAUGAAGUCGAUCUUCUCAUCAGGCUUCAAAAGCUGUUGGGCAACAGAUGGUCACUAAUUGCCGGUAGACUUCCUGGAAGAACUGCAAAUGAUGUGAAAAAUUACUGGAACACCCAUUUAAUAAAGAAGAUGGCUUUCAGAAGACAACCAGAUGAAAAGGGCCAGGCCGGUAACACAAACUACACCACAAAACCUAGGGCAAGCAACAUAGUGAAGCCUCGUCCUUGGACCUUCUCCAAAAAUGCAUCUUGGUUGAGGGGAAAAGCAACAACAACGACGACAACGACAGCAUCAAGCAGCACAGAAAUUCCUACUAUACGGACAACAACGAAUGCUCAGGGUCUCAAGGAUUCACCUCCGACUUCACACCCAACAAUAGAGAAGGAUGAUGACAACAACAUGCAGUGGUGGGACAACUUGUUUCUUGACGAAGAGGGAGGUGAAGGAACCCCGUUGGGAUUUGAUGCCUCGGGGGAGGACAACGUAACUAGUUUAUGGUUCGAAGAAUUGUCCCAGAUGGUAUUUAAGGAGGGUGAUAUUUGGACGCAGGAAAAUCAAAAUGGCUCGGGUUACAGCUCUACUGAUGCAGACUUGUGGGAUUUUCAAAUUUCUGAUCACCAAACCAUGCAAUAGAUUAUUGCAGUACUGAUCUUUUGCUGUCGAAUGUGUUUUAUACCAUUUAUUGGAUGCAUGAUUACGUAGCUACGAAUAAUGUUAGAUCUAAGGUUUGUAUUAGUAUAUGUACCGAUGCCAAUGAUUCAGUGUUGUGUACUACUUCCUGCUGGGAACUAGAUAUCUUUCUCAUUUAUUUUGACAAAUAAAUUAGUGGAAAAUUACCAAAAUGUGAAUGCUUAA